AUGGAUUCCGAAGUCUUCGGACAGGUUUCUCCUGUCCCAGCUGAGGAGCUGGACAUGCUGAAGAUGAUCUUGACGCCCUACGAGGGAAAAAUCAUUAAACACACGCCGGAAACGGAAUCAGCAGUUGUGUUUUUUCCAAACAGAGAAGCGCUGGAGGCUUUGAAGGAUAUCCCGAGUUACAAAACUGUCGAGAUUCCACGCCCACAAGACGAGACGCCCCAGUCCCCCGCUCCUGAACCUGCAGAGGAGGAGAAGAUUCCAGAAGGCGAAGAAGCGCAGAAGGAUCCGGCGGCGGCCGCUGGCGAGGCGGGUGGAGAGCACGGCGAGGAAGAGGCGACGCCCGUCGAAGACGAGGUGGACCAAACCGUCGCACAGAAUGUAGUUCCCGAGGCGACAGCGCAUGCGGCAGAACAGACUCCUCGACCGCAGACCGCCGUCGAGACACCCGCCGUCGAGGGUGUGAAGAGGAAACCGCUUCCGGCGAAUGAUGUGUUUUACCUUUUUGGAGACGAAAACAUCGUCGUGCCGACAUGGUGCAUCUUUCUCCUCGCCUACUCCGUCCUCGCCGUCUUCGGCGUCUGCUGA